AUGGAUCCUCCCACAGCCGCUCAACAAUCUCUACGCGCAUACGAUAUUGCUCCAGCACUUGAAUCCUACGAAAUUCCUGUGGACACCUAUAUAUCGCAGAACUCUUCUGACCAACUCGUUGGCGUCCUCGGCACAGCCGUAAUAAUUCAUCAAGACCGAGUGCUACUCAUACAACGUGUGGCUGACGACGAUUACCCUGAUCUAUGGGAGGUACCUGGUGGUGUGGCAGACGAUGGUGAAACAAUCAUUGAAUGCGUUGUCCGUGAGCUCAGAGAGGAAACUAGUCUACGGGCAUCAGCUAUUUCGACCAUGCUUGGCGAGUUUGAAUGGGAGGAUAGCAUUCCCGUGUCCAGCAGUCAUCCUAGAAGGGGCAAAUGGAAGAUAUUUACAUUCCUGGUAGUGGUCGAUGGCUUGAAUGAGGAUCAUUUGGAUAUCACACUUGAUUCAAGGGAGCAUAAGGCAUUUCUAUGGGUGACAGACAAGGAGGUUGGGAGUGAUUUGUGUGGGGAUGUCACAUUAGAUUGGAUCUCAUUGAAUCAGAAAGAAGCUAUUCUGACAGCUUUCAAAAAAGUUAGCACUGCUGUCUAA